AUGACCGUAACCUUUAAAUCAAAGAGGCCUUAUUGGCUUGAGCAAGAGGAUCGCCCGCCCAACUUCUACUACGCUCAGCAGCGCAUUCUAGAGAAGUACACCGCGGACGACCACAACAAGUGGACUUGGGUCGUGACUUACCCCCAGGAUGUCACCGGUUUCGCCAGGGCAAAUUUCAUGAACCUUGCCACUUCGCUUGGCUUGUACUGUGCUGUUAGCAAAGAACUCGAGGGCUCGAAGCUUGUGUUCCCCGGGAACGAGUUCAAGCAGCCCUCGGAGCUCUUCUGCCAGAUCGACCUUGAGAAGUGGGAUAAGCGCCCAGAGGUUAUUAAAGCAUGGGAGACACUGCGUGACCGAUAUAAUCUUGAUCAAGCUGCUUGGGAUGGAGCUACGUGGGGUUUCCUGGGCUUCUUACUUGGCCGCAAUUACAGCUGUGUUGCGAGCAUGAGCAAAGCACGAAAGCUGGGCUGGACUGGAUAUGCUGAUACGUGGGAUGAGUUUGAACAUACAUUUCAGGAGCUGGAGAAGGUUAGGAUGUUGCCACCCCUUUGGACUUAG